CUUUUGGGUAUCCAAAGACAGACGAAGGUUGAUGAACGAAAUUGAGAGAUUAGAUGUGAUUUCCAGAGCCAAGUACACUGUAAAAUCUGACAACACAGCGGCACUGGGCCUAGAGCGAUGCGCUAAUGAUACCACCCGUUUGUUUUACUACACGAAACACCGUAGAUUGGGCGUAAUCAAUUCUGACGGGAGAGGGGAUACGACAAUCAAGGUCAUCUCUAAACCGUAUUGGAGCACCUCACAAAUCAGCAAGUAUGGGAGCAAGCUGCUCUGGACUGGUUUUGAUACAACCGAUUCUACGCAUAUACAAACCCACAUAUUUGAGUACGAUCUCAAGUUCUCUACUCUCAGGAUCCUCAACAAGACAGUGACACUGAAUAACGGCAGCAAGUACACCAUCGAGCCUCGAUUCAUAAUGAGGAUAAUUUCAAAUAUUUCGUAUGACGAACCCGUUGCCAUAGAAGGAUGUCCUGAGAACAUCGUAGCUGUGAUUGACGACAACGCCACAAACACCGUUAACACAUCGUCAGUAAACUGGACUGAACCUGUUUUAAACAGCUUCUCCAGUUGUCCCAUAAUGGAUUUCAAAGGACCAGGAAGCAAUGGCGGGGACUACCCUAUUGGCGUAACUGAGGUGUCUUACCAAGCCAGAGAUGCUGCAGGAAACACCGAUAGAUGCUCAUUUAAAGUGACGGUUCGAAAAGCCCAAGAACCUUGUUCUGACCCGUGCAUGAAUGGAGGGACUUGUGUGGAAGGCACUUGCAUUUGCAGAGAAGGAUUUGGAGGUACUGCAUGUGAGGAGAAGCUUACAUCAGUAACGUGUGAUAGUGACUCGAUGACCGUCAUCAUAAGUAAUGACCUUUUCGUUGGUAUUGGCCCGGAAGAUGUUUAUUUUCGUGACAGUUCCUGCUCAACUACAAGUAGCACUCUUACUCAUAUGACCCUUUCUACCAACUAUGAUGAGUGUCGUACCACCAGAACGGAAAAUGCCACAACCAUUACAUUCUCGAAUGUCAUCGCUUACAAACUUGAGCCUAUACCUGGUACUGAUAUUACUCGUGAAAAUCAGAGGCAGAUUGAGAUUUCGUGUUCCCUGGACAAGACCUCACAGGUUGGGCAGUCUUUCAAACCAAUGGUCGGUGAAAUAAAGUUUAGUGACAAGGGUUCCGGUCACUUCCAGCUGUACAUGACAAGGUUCAAGAACGAGUCCUUUGAUGAGCCCGAAGAUACCCACGCCGAGGUCUGGCUAAACCAGGCGCUCUACUUUGAAGUCAAACUUGACUCGGUAGAAGAAGUUGGUAUGUUUAUCGAACGAUGCUGGGCGACAGCCGGCCAAGAACAUGAUUCAACUCCAAGCUAUCAUCUUUUUACCGACAGAUGUCCUUCCAAUAUUGAUGGAACUGUUCAAGUCUUUUUUCCGAACGAGACGGAUCGAGAAGGAUUUAAGUUUGAUGCAUUUGCCUUUGUUGGACGUCUGGACAUGGUGUACGUUCAUUGUCAAGUGAGGGUGUGUAUGGAUGAAGAGGCCCAUGUGUAUCGAGAGUGCUCCUCCACUUCUGAUUUGGGACGCAAACGUCGAUCUUCUUCAUUCCUGUCCACUCAAACGAUCAGUAGUGCGCCGAUCCGUGUCCGCCGCUCAACCAACAACAUGGCUACUAAUGAUCUGUCUGCCUACAAUUCUUUUGGGAUGUUCCUCAUUGGAAUGGUCGCAACCGUGGUUGCCGUAGCAACCCUGAUGGGCGUGGUCAAGCUAAUUGGUCGUUCAACCGACAUCAGCUACAAGAGAGUCCAAACUGCUUCCAUGGAAGAGAUGUAGAAGCGAUCAAUGGCCAGAGUGGAAUUCAUAUUCGGAGUGACGUCACGUGGAUUAGCGCGCUACUUGACAGCCAGGUGCGCAAGGUCAAAGGUCAAGCAGUAACAUUACACAAUUCCCUCAAUUAAAUUAGAGAAGUUCAAAUCUGUCUAACUUCCCUAGUAUAGGCAACAACUACAGAAAAUAAUGAUUGAAAAAAUUCUACUAAUGUCAUUCUCCUUAUAUACCACUCUGGUAAUACGAAAAUCCUGACUUAUUAUAUGCUUUUGAAGAGAUAUAGACGAGCACUAUUCAUUUAACUAUAACGAUAAUUGUAAUUCUCCUUGAUUUAAUUUACUUUUGGUGAAGGCUUUUUUUUCAUUAUAUUUUAAAGUAAGUUUACGAAAGACUAAGUAAGUAUUCAUAUCGUUGAAAGAAUUGCUUCAAACUUUAUCGUAUCAUCUAUAUUCAGAAUUGUGCACUCAUGUUAAUCAAGAUUAGUUGACGCUCUGGGACAAAAAGAACUGGAAAUAGUGAUUCCUUUAUUCGAAAAUUAAAAAAAAGUAAAAUAAAAAUAAUAGCAUCAUUAUUGUCGUCUGUCAAAUACCACACUUGAAUCCUCAAAGGAUUAAAUAUUCUGUUUGAUUUAUAAGAACAGCGAAUAUCAAACUGUAACAAUAACUGUGAUUUAAUUAAGUAUUUAUUCUUAUUUUAUUUUACUGCAGUUGGUUGAGGGCCUAUUUUGUGCGUAUGUUUUAAUGUAAGUUUAUAAGUAAGUAGCAAUUUCAUUAUAGAAUAAUUCAAACUUUAUCGUAUCAUUCUAUUAAGAAAUGUUUGUACUCACGAUAGUCAAUACUUUAUAUCUGAUGCUCCUGAACAAAAAAAAACAAUAACAAAAUAAAAAUCCGCUGACAUGAUUCUCUCCCAUUACAACUCUGGCAACAAUUAAAGGCUUCAAAUUCUUUCAAUAUUUUAUUUGUUUACAAUUUUGCAUUAAAGGAGCCAUUGGAUAAAAUUUUUUAUUCAAUUAUGACAAUAAUUGUCAUUCAUUUGAAUAUUUCUUCUUAUUUUAUUCCAAUUCUUGUGGAAAGUUAAUUUUUAUGUCUUAAAUUUUGUUUUAAUGUACGUUUUCGGAAGACUACUCUAAAAUACAAUGGACCUAAUCUAGGAGGCGUUUCACAAAGAUUUAAGUGUGACUUAGGCCCGUAUUUUGAAGUCGGGUGUAACUUAGAAUUUGGUCUAUUAAACUCUGUGCUUAAAUCAUGGGAAGCCAAAUGUUUUAAAAAAAAAUUACAGAGAGUGAUUCUCACAUGUUAAUUGUACUCUUUACUAAUUAUUAAAUGGUGAGGAUGUUUUGGGAGCAAAAUGAGCUGAUAAAUUGAACCUCUAUUGUAAGAGGUUUGUGUAACAACUGGCUUUCCAUAGUUAAACCACAAAAACCAGAGUUUGAAUUAAACCCAACUUCAGAAUACGGGCUGUAGAGUCACGCGUUCCAGCUGCAUGAGUUAUGAAACGCAUCACCGCAUUUUACAAAUCAGGCUAAGCGGACACUCGCCACCGUGUUUGCAGCAGAACUUCAAGUUACACUUAAAUCUUUGUAAAACACACCCAAGUCUCUAAAUACAUUUAUCUCGGUGUGACAAGAUCUCAUACUUCUUUGAAGUGAUAUUUGCAUCUUUUAAGAGUAGAAUUUACAUCUAUUUUGAUUGAAAAUGUCUAGAAAGAUGCAAAGUUAACCCUAGAGGGAGGUGACUAUGAAAUUCACUCAAUGGUAUUGGUCACUCCGAGCGGAAUUGAUAUUAUGGUGACUAGAUUUAGAUUGGUUGUUUUGCAAUUAGAUCGUAUCUAAGUAGAAACAACAUUGUAAUAAUUAUUUAUACAGUUUGAUAUCAUGAUAAUCCAAACCAACAUGAUAACGAAGACGUGUUUCUUUUCCACUAUCUUCUUAUGAUAUAGUCCAGCUAACUCGGUUUUUAACUUCCCCGAAUUCGGUCAUUUAUAUUCCGAUAUCUAGAGCAAAAUUCAAGGGACAUAAAUCAAAAACGAAAAUUGUCAACAACUUGGUUUUAAUGCAAACAAAUCACCCAGUUUGAACCUGAAUUAUGUUUAAGACGGACUGCGUAUGAAUUAUUCAAAUUAGCAAAUUAACGCAAUAAGUUCUUUUGUUCUUGAUGCAUUUUGGGGUUAUGAAAAACAGACAUAAAUUGUUGGGACAUCUAAUGAAAUAAAGGGAUAAGGGAACGAUGCUAUAUAUAUGUUACUUGUUCACCAUAAGUAUCAGAAUUCAAAUAAUAUUUGUAAUGACCAAUGGUUCUAUUGUAAGUUGCUUUUGCCAUUAUUGAAUUCUUCUAACGAAAUGUACUUCUUUCGACUAGCUUCUACUACUACUGCAUUAUUGUUAAAAUGAUAAUGAAAAAUUGUUAUGUAUUCUUUUCAAUGCUAGAAAUAUACCUUGUAGAAGUCAGAGCUAACCCCAAAUUAAUCAUGUGUAAUUUACAAAUACAUGAAGUCGUUUCAAUUUAAUUUCACAUUUCAUUUUCGAUUAGGACAAUUAAGCAUUCCUGACUUAUUUCAAAUCUUAGAAAGUAAUUUAUUAUCAACUUCUUUGUAUUUACAUUACUCAUAAUCAAAUAAAGUAUAUCAUA